AUGGAUAGGAUCGAGGUUAUCAUUAACAAGAGAAGGUGCUCAGUGGGCAACGAAAUCGAUUCAGAUGUCACGCUCAAUGAUUACAUUCGCAACACGUUGAACCUUCGCGGCGUGAAGUAUAUGUGUAAGGAAGGUAAUUGUGGAGCUUGUAUCGUCAGCGUGACCACAAGUGACACACAUGGACACCGACGGGUCUUUUCCGUUAACUCUUGCUUGGUCUCCAUCACGUCCUGCGAGGGAUGGGAUGUUACAACUAUCGAAGGCAUCGGCGAUCGCCAAGGUUACCACCCUGUUCAAAAAGCCUUGGCAGAGUAUGACGGUACGCAAUGCGGCUACUGCAGUCCGGGAUGGGUAAUGAGCAUGUUCAGUUUACUUGAAGAUAACAAAUACAAGUUAACACAAAGCCAGAUAGAGGAAUCCUUCGGGAGCAAUACAUGCCGAUGUACCGGCUUCGUGCCAAUACUUGAAGCCUUCAAAAGUUUCGCAUCAGAUUUACACAGUGCAGAGCUUCCAGAUAUUGAGGAGCUGAAUCUUUGUAAGAGUCAAGGCAAAUGCGACGAUAGUUGUGAUAAAACAUGGUGUAUUAUCCACAAAGAGAACGUAGAAGGGAGCAACAAGAAGAUUAUCCUGAAGGAUGACAGGGUUUGGUACCGCGUACACGAUGUACGCGACGUCUUUGAAGUGUUCCGUGAUGAAGGAACAAGCUCAUAUAUGCUGGUUAAUGGUAAUACUGGGAGAGGGGCUGCGCCAAUUUUCGCUUUCCCGAGAAUAUUGAUAGACAUAAAUCCAAUUCAAGAAUUGAAAACGUACUAUUUGGAUCAGAAUCUGGUCGUCGGUGGUGGAAUUUCUUUACGAGACCUAAUGGAUCUAUUUACACGUGUAGCGGAGGCGCACGAGGAAUUCGCCUAUUUGAAGAAACUGCAUGAACAUUUAAACUUAGUGGCUCAUAUACCCGUGAGAAAUGUAUUUACCGUAUCCAGUGUAGAACAAGUGACCCCAGAGACCUUUCUCCACAUAGACAUGACUGGAAAAUUAAUCACACAAGUCAAAAUUCCACCAUUGUCAAGCAGUUACAAGUUCGUUUCCUUUAAGAUUAUGCCUCGUUCUCAAAAUGCUCAUGCACAAGUCAACGCAGCAUUUCUGUAUGAGUUCAAGACCAAAGAAGACGAAACAGUGAAAUCUGCAAGAAUAGUCAUCGGGGGAUUGUCAGCGAAAUUUGUACACGCGACCAAUACUGAGAAAAUUUUAAUCAACAAAAAGUUGUUUACUAAUGAAACGCUGCAAACGGCCCUUCAAGUGUUAGAAGAAGAAAUUAUAGUGCAAGAGAUACCUGGAUUUUUAUCACCGGAUUACAGAAAGAAAUGCGCUCUUGGAUUAUUCUAUAAGGGUUUGUUAAAUCUUAUCCCCGAGAACAAAUUAAAACCAUGGUACCGUUCCGGCGCGAGGGAUUUCCGGAAGACCAGACCCGUGUCCACCGCGACAGAAACAUACGAUACUAACCCAGAUGUGUGGCCGUUGAAUGAGCCGUUGCCGAAACUAGAAGCACUUAUUCAAUCCGCCGGCGAAGCAAAGUACGUAAACGAUAUUCCGACGCUACCCAAAGAGGUGUACUGCGCUUUUGUGCCUUCGGAGAUAGCCGUAGGCGAAAUCGAGAGCAUUGAUCCGUCUUCAGCCUUCAAAUUGCCUGGCGUAUUGGCGUUCUUCUCGGCCAAAGACAUACCUGGCUCCAACAACUUUAUACCGCUCAACAUUGAAGGUGCGAUUGCCCCCGAAGAAAUAGUAUGUUCACGCGAUGUGAAGUAUUACAACCAGCCUAUCGGUAUUAUUGUGGCUGAAAGCGAGAAACUUGCAAAUCGAGCGGCGUUGCUGGUGAAGGCCAAGUAUAAAAACGUAAAGAAUGACCCAGUGUUCAAAAUAAAAGACGUCAUAGCAAAGGAGCCACAGCGGGUUAAUGUCUUCAUUGUCUACCCCGCUAGGGAUAAGGGUCUAAAUGUGCAAAAAGUUAUCAAGGGCAGUCUCAACAUAUUCGGCCAGUACCAUUACCACAUGGAGACACAGUCUUGCGUGACUAAGCCCAGCGAUGACGGCAUUGACGUCACGACCUCGUCGCAAUGGCCGGACGUAAUACACGUCGCAAUAUCCCAGAUGCUAAAUAUUGAACAGAAUAGAAUCAACGUAACGAUACCGCGAUUGGGGGGUGGUUUCGGUGCGAAGAUCUCUCGCGCCAGCAUGAUUACUUGUGCGUGCGCCCUUGUUACUUUUUUAACAAACCGACCAUGCCGAUUUGUAAUGAGUAUGCAGGCCAAUAUGAGGAUGCUCGGUAAGCGGAACCCGUCAACUGUCGACUUUGAGUAUACGGAUGUGGCUGAAAUCGUUGCGAUGUUAACUAAAGACAGCGAGUAUCAUAAAAGGAGAGACGAAAUUCGCGAGUUUAACGAACAGAAUCGUUGGAAAAAGCGUGGGCUUCGAGUGGCAUUGCUCAGCUGGCCGGCAUCGACUGUAAUGGACUUCCAUGUAAUGCUAACGGUAUACCAUGGUGAUGGCUCGGUGGUGUUGAGGCAUGGUGGGGUCGACAUGGGCCAAGCGGUGACAGAACCACCGAUGUGCCUUGGAGUUAGUGUGGCAUUUGCUUUGCGUGAAGCUAUUGCUUCUUCGCGAGAGAACACGGGAUACCCAAGGACCAAGUGGUUUGAUGUCGAUGGACCGUUUACCCUGGAGAAAAAUGUGUUGAAAGCGGAAGUGAAUCUGAAAGAGUUUUUAUUUUAU